AUGCCGGGUGAACAUGGUACACGUAUUGAAGAUGACGUGCGAAUAACUGCUCUUUCAAGCGGUCGACAAUAUCUGACUGCUACAGUGUACGAAGACGGAACCUAUAAAUUACAUGUCCAACUCGAUUGCGGCGGACACUUAAGCGGGGAUCCACAGGACAGUCCUUGCAGUCGUUCACUUAGUGUGACCGCAUGGAUUGAUUUCAAUGACAAUGGAUUGGAUGAAUCCGAAAGUCGUCUUCUCCAGCGUGCUUGGUCAGGCAAUGAUGUAUCUACUGGCAUCUAUGAUUUUGACACACGUAUACCAAGAAUUGACGACAGAACUACGAAGGCUGGACCUCAUCGCAUGAUCAUCACUAUAGCGCCAAGUGAAGAGUAUCAAAGAGAAUGUGGCGCGUUUCCGUACAAAGAAACGCGAGAAUAUACAGUCGACGUUAUUCCACGAGAGAGAUAUACAGCUCCACCAACGACUCCGUUUGUCUGCCCUCUAAGCAUUGCCAAAAUUAUCCUUGUUAUCAUGGCCGGAGAAAAAGGAACAGAGAUACGCGAUGAUAAACCUAUGACUUCAUUAUCACCUAAUUAUAUAAAUCAACAUCAUAUGGCUGUGACGCUUUUCGAGCACACAGUCUAUCUGCUACGUAUCCAAUUGGAUUGUUCUUCACAAUUGAAGACUGAAUUAACUCCAACUGGUUGUAAUCUAGGUCAAGAUGUUAACGUUUGGGUCGAUCUCAAUGAUGAUGGAAGAUUCGAUGAAUCAGAGGUCGGGGCUCCUUACAGGUGGCCCGUAACAAGUUACAUGGCAGAAGCACUUGACGCUACGCCUACCUCUGUGGUACCACACAAUGUACCAUGUUCUCCUGAUGUUGGCAAACUCAUUCUUGUUGUCAUGGCCGGUGAGCACAAAACGCAGAUUAGGGAUGAUCAAUCAACGAGAGCUCAAUUGACUGGCAACACUCGAAUUCAUCAACAUCUAUCUAUUGUACUGUAUGAAGAUACAGUAUAUUUACUACGCAUACAAUUGGAAUGCACUGGAUCACGGGACAGUUAUUCAGCUGGAAACAACUGUAAUCUGCCACAUGAUGUGGCUGCCUGGCUUGACCUAAACAAUGAUGGUACAUUCAGUGAUACAGAAAAUGCUGCUCCUUAUCGCUGGCCGCUCACUUCAUAUAUACCACAAGGUGUAUAUGAUUUACAGAUUUAUAUACCAAAUAUCGAUGGAGCUAAGACGAAAAGUGGACCGCAUCGUUUACGGCUUGACGUAACAUUAAAUGAACAGUACCGGCAAAAAUGUGGCAAGAGUUAUUACCGGGAAACGCGAGAAUAUAAUGUUACCAUUGUUAAAAAAAAUAUGAAACAAACAGUCGAUAUUGGAGGUCCAUAUUUGACAUUAAGUGAUUCAGUAUGUUCCAAAGCCCAUGGAAAAAUUGUACUUGUUAUUGCAGCUGGUGAAAAGGGAACACACAUUCGAGAUGAUACACCAAUAAAUACUAUCAUCAGAGAGGAUCAAAAUCGACAUCAUAUGGGAAUUACGUACUAUGACAAUACCAUCUAUCGAUUACGUAUUCAAUUGGAUUGUGACCAACGCUCAAGUAGAGCUCCGUUUAGGAUCCAGUGCAAUCUUGCUUACGAUGUGAACGUUUAUAUUGAUCUAAACAGUGACGGCAGAUUUGACGAAUCCGAGAGUCGUGUUCCUCAUAGAUGGCCCCUUCGUAGUACAAUGACAAUCGGUAUUUAUGAUUUGGAAAUUCCUGUACCUAGCAUCGAUGGAGUUACUACGAAAGGGGGAUCACAUAUUAUGCGUGUUGUUGUAAAAUCCAGUGAUGAAUAUAACAAGAAAUGUGGUCGAUCGGACUAUAGCGAGACACGCGAGUAUACGGUCAACAUCAUUCCAAAGGAAGCAUAUAGUGCCGCUCAUAUAUAUAGUGCAAGUAAUAUAGACUACAGAGUCGCGCAUUGUUCUCCAGGCAAUUUGGUAUGUGCAGUAGGCAAUGCUGCUAUUUUUUCGGUAAGUUUAUCGGGUGAACAAAAUACUCGAAUUCAAGAUGACACGAAAACAUGUAGCUCAACAAAUAAUUAUAAUGAUCAAAGUAAUCUAGCUGUGACAUUAUUUGACAAUACACCUUAUACUCUUCACAUCGAACUAUCUUGUGUCCAACAAUCAGGUUAUGAUAAUACGUAUAGUCAAGAUCCGUAUGUAUUUGGAACAGACUGUCGUGAUGCUCGCUAUCUUGGUGUGUGGAUAGAUCUCAAUAAUGAUGGUGCAUUUGAUGAAAGUACAGAACGAAUGGUUCCUAACAAUUGGUAUAAAGACGAUCCUCGUAUGACUCAGAAUGAUGUAAGUUUUACGAUUCCACAAAUUGAUGGCAGAUAUCACGUAGGCGGACAACACAGAAUGCGUGUUGUUAUUGCACAAGAUGAGCGAAAUCGCAAGCCGUGCCAGAACACUGGUUAUGGCGAAGUCAGGGAUUAUACAGUACAAAUCAUACAAAAACCUGGGUAUUGA